AUGGCACCACAAAAAGUUAAAGCACUAGAAUUAUUAAAAUGGGGUGUAUACUUUGGAAUGCCAAUCAUAGCAACUAUUCAUGUUUUAGACCCUGACAGAUUAGAUAAUUUAAUUAUGAAACAUCAAUUUGUUGUUUACCCACCAGAAGCACAAACACAAGAAGAAUUUAAAAAGAAAGAAUUGGAAUAUUUUGAAAAAAGAACCACUAAAAGAUUAUUAGAACAACAACAACAACCAACAACCAAUUAA